GCGCGCCUCGCCGCCUCCCCGCGCCGCCCUGCUCCCCGCCGGAGGGCUCCUCCGUUCCUCCCCCGCACCGUCCGCCCCGCGCCGCGGCUGCCCCGCGCCCUCCUCCCCCGCUCCAAACCCUAACCCUAGCCCACGGCUCCCGAGCUAUUGCGUGUGGCGAUUCUCUGGAAGAUACCGUCUCUUUGCAGAGGUCCUUUGUAAUUAAUUGCGCCUCUGGGGAUCUAGCGGGUUGCGAGCGAUGCCUUCUUUGGCUUUUGUAAGGUGGUGAAUACCGAGUCGCACUCUAUGGGUGGAAUGGUCGAUUAUGGUGUUAGUGUCAGUACCAAAUCUUCACCACGCUCUGCAGCCAUUGAAAAAGCUCAGGAGGAGCUCAGGCACCAGUAUGAUGUUCGUGAAGAACGGAGGAGAGAGUUGGAUUUUCUAGAGAAAGGAGGCAACCCGUUGGAUUUCAAAUUUGGCUAUGUAGAAUCAGUCAGUUUGCAGUCCACUUCUCUGACAGAUCAAAUAGCUGAACAAAAUGGGAUAAGAAGCCUCUUGUCCGCUCUCAAUUGCAGUGAAGCUAAAGGUAGUUUUGCAUUUGCUGCAUCAACUCAUGGAGAUUCAGUCGAGAGUAGCGGCAAGCCAGGAAGUUCACUAUGUCGGGAGACCAACAUGGCGGACAAUCUUAUGCUCUUUGGUGGCGAUAACAACGGUAUUACAAAGGAGAAAAUUGUGAAGAGAGGAUCCAGAAGGACCAAUGCAGGUCAACUCAGGCAGUCCUCUGAUGGCCACAACAAUGCAAAAAGAGCUGAAGGUUCUGGUCUGUCUCGCCUUGGAGUGAAGAGUCAGGCAUAUGUUCGACGCAACAGGUCAAAGCCUUCUAGGGACAGUGCUAAUGUUACUUCUAUUACAUCUCCUGUGGUUCCUGCUAUAGCUUCUGAACCGAAAGAUGCAAAAGCUACAACCAAGGAAAAACAAGCAGAUGAUCUUGGUGUAUUAUAUGGUUCAAGUUUAAACCGGGCAGGACCAAAGUGCGAGAAGGAGCCUAAUGCAGCUUCUGAUGAACAUAUGGCAAUGGAGUUGAGUGGGACUCGAACAAUUCACGAAGGCCACUGCACAGUAAAGCAUGAAGCAAGGCAAGGUGAUCAUAAUAAUAGUGUAGCUACAGAAGCGGUGCUGAAUGACGUGAAUGGCAAACAGCAACCUGAUGGAUGUGGUGAGAUAGCUGCAGCAGGUGCAUCCAUAGAGACCCCUGAUGCUACUUCAAAACCCGUUCUAAGGUCAUCUUAUUCUAGCUUAUCUACACAUGAUGAGAGAGAAACAUGUGCUGAUGAGAAGGUUGACAAUGAUCACUUGGAUGAAGAUAUGGCCCAUAUCCAUGUAGGUGAACUGGGUAACAUCAGUAAAGGUCCUGUCUGUGCUGUCGAAGCUGCCACUGUGCACAAAAAUGCGAUGGAUUCACGUUGUGAAGACAUGACCAUUACCAUUGGUGAUCAUGCAGAUGAUAGUAAUCUAGUUCCAAUGAAGAUUGAUAGGAAGUCUCAUGAAGAUCUGGACAUCAGUGGAAUAUCUAGCAAGGAUGUUAACGAAGGUGGACAAUUGGAAGGUCUUAGCAGGCUAAGCUCUGUGAGGGAAAAAUCCUGUUCUGAACAACCUGAACUUAGUACCACUGUUCUUGUGAAAGAUGAAAUGGAAAUUUCUGACGAUGCAAUAGUUGAACAGAAAGAUACCAGCUGCCCAGAACCUAGCCACCUUAUCAACAAUAAGGAAACCCCAGAUUUGGAGAAUAACAGUUCUCAUGGGGAUUCUAACUCUGCCCAUCCUACGGUUGUAGGCCCUGCUUUAAAUACUUUUCCUGAUUCUACCCCAUCAUCAAAAACUUACGGGUCUAACGUGGUGAGUGAGAUUAAAAAAUGUGGAGAGAGCCUCAGUACGAUGACAAACAAGGAAUAUGAAGAUUCUAUCCUUAGAAAAGCUUGUCUUAUAGAGGUGGGUCUUAAGAGAGCUUGUGAACGUUCCCCGUGUAAUAUAUCUUUAGAGAAGAGGAGAAAGGGUCACUGGGACUUUGUCUUAGAGGAGAUGGCUUGGAUGGCGAAUGAUUUCAUGCAGGAGCGUCUAUGGAGAAUUACAGCUGCAUCUCAAGUGUGCCAUUGGAUUGCCUCUGAUGGUCUGGCCAAGUUUGACCAAGCAAGCAUUUAUAGAAAGCAGAAAACUGUUAUUAGAAGCCUUGCAAAGGGUGUCAUGAGUUUUUGGCGUUCAGCUGAGGCUGUACUAACUGCAGCUGGAACUGCUAAAGUGAUGCAAAAGGAUGAUUCUGAUAUGCUGGGAGAGACAAAGCCUACCGGAAUCAAAGCUGAUAACAAACAGGGCAAUGAAUCCAUGGAAACGGAACACUCUAUACGGCCUCUUCGAUCUCAAAUUCAGGAUUAUGCAGUUCGAUUUCUUGAAUAUAACAGUCAGGCGUCUGAUUCUGUGUUUACUGAAGCACCACCUACUCCUGACAGGCUGAAUGAAUUUGGCAUCUUGAAAGUGUCCACUCAACUUUCACAAGUAAGUCUCUUCUAUGCAGUACCACCUGGUGCAAUGCUGGCAUAUCGGGAGUCCGUGGAAUCUCUUUUCAUGUAUCAUAAGAACAUUGGCACUGGACUCAAGUAUAACUAUGAGGCAUCUGUGUGUGAUUCAGCUGCAGAUUUGGCUCAGGACAAUGCCUACGAUGAGGAUGAAGGCGAGACUUGUACUUAUUUAUUAGCUGAAACAUAUGAUGGUGGCUUAUUGCCAAAAAUGGGUCACAAGAAGAAACACAUAAUGAGGCAGAGGAUUAACAGUGCAAGGCCAUAUGAAAUAGGCACUGAUGUGUCUUAUGAACCGUGCUUGGAAAGAAAGUCAGGAAACCAGCAAUUUUUUUCAAAUGGCAAAAGACCUUCGUCUUUUGUUGGAAUUCCAACAAAGCGUAUCCGUACAGCUGCUAGGCAACGAGUUGUAAGCCCAUUCCCUACUAGUGUUGGUGGAACGCCCCAUGUUAAAACAGAUGCUUCAAGUGGAGACACAGACUCCUACCAAGAUGAUCAAAGUUCAUUGCAUGGUGGGUCCUUAUCAUGGAAAAACGCAGACUAUGAAUCUACAGUUGAUUUUGACAGACAAAUGCCAUAUGAUGGCAGCGAAGCGUGGACCAAAGCUAACAAGAAGAAAAAACAUAAGAGCACAGGGUACAAGACUGCUCAAAAUACAGCCAAUUCAUAUGCCUCAGCUGCAGUAAAGGGCCGUAUCUACGAUCAGAGAUCGCAAGUUGAUAUGAUCACUCAAUACGAGCAGAAGGAUUAUCUGAAGAAGAGAUCAGAGACCCAACAAUUUUAUUCAAAUGUUACAAAUGGUGGUCAACAUGCUUUUAAGAAGCUUAAAAUGAUGAAGCAAGGGAUAGAUAUUUCACAAGAAGCUUCUCCCGUUGCAUCACAGAUGAGCAACAUGGCAAAUCCUGCUAAAAUUAUAAAGAUCAUCACUAAUAGGGAUCGUGGGAGAAAAGUGAAGGCACUAAAGAUGUCUUCCGGUGGUGGAUGGUCAAACUUCGAGGAUCAGGCUCUUGUUGUCCUUGUCCAUGACUUGGGUCAAAACUGGGAGUUAGUAAGCGAUGCAAUUAAUAACAUCGUGCAGUUCAAGUCUGUACACAGACAACCUAAAGAAUGCAAAGAGCGCCAUAAGGUUCUUGUGGAUAAAAGUUCUGGUGAUGGGGCUGACAGUGCAGAAGACUCUGGUUCAUCUCAACACUAUCAGUUCACCAUACCUGGCAUUCCAAAGGGUAGUGCCAGGCAGUUGUUCCAGCGACUUCAAGGACCAUUUGAGGAAGAAAAUCUUAAGUCACAUUUUGAAAAAAUUGCACUCCUCAUGCCACAAGUGCAAUCCAGGCGAAGACAGGUUAACAGCCGGGAGCUCAAGCCGAUCAUACAGCCACAUAGUUCUCAUGUUGCCGCACUAUCACAAGCAUGCCCAAACAACUUAUCUGGGAGCACUUUGAUGCCACUUGAUCUUUGUGACACAAUAAGUCCGAAUCUGGAUGCAAUCACUCCUGGUAGCGGUUACCAGGGCUCUCAUGCAAAUGGUUUGACGCUAUCAAAUCAUCAUGGUUCCAUUGGUACUCCGAGUCCAACUCCAAAUUCCAGGUUACAAGGAUCUCCUGGUAUGGUUCUGGGCAGCAACUUAUCGUCACCUGCAACAUUGAGUGCCCCUUCAAGGGAUUCUCAGAAAUAUGGUGCUCCUAGAUCGACCUCUUUACAGGUUGAUGAUGAGCAACAGAAGAUUCAGUAUAACCAAGUGGCCAGUGGUAAAAAUCCUCAGCAAGCUGGAGUUUCUGCUCCUGGAACAUGUCCUGCUGGGGUUGAUCGUGGUGCUCAUGUGAUGCCUGCUGUUAAUGGUAUUGGAAUGACAGCAGGGGUGAAUCGAGGUCCUGCAGUUAGGCCAGGCUUUCCAAGAGUUAGUUCCCCAGGAAUGCUGAAUAUAACAUCAACUGGAAACAUGUCACCCAAGAGUGUGCAAGGAGUGCCAAAUGCUGUAAAUGUCCAUUCGGGAGCAAUGUCUUCCCUUGGAAAUUCAGUAUUGAGGCCGCGUGAUCCUAUGCAGAUGCUUCGCCCUGGUCAGCAUAUGGACGAGCAUAGACGAAUGGUUUCACAGGGAAGCAGUCGAGCUGCCCAUUUCAGCAGCAUGAAUCCGCCAUUCUCCAAGGCUGCAGCUCCUUCACCUGUUCAUCAAACCCAAAAGCUCCAUCAGAUGUCACAACCAUCACACGUGCUGGGAAACCCACAUAAUCCUCGGGCCCAAGGAACUAACCAUUCAAGCUCACACCAGCAGUCAUAUGCAGGACACUUCGCUAAAGAAAGACAAUUUCCACAACGUAUGGUGCCUCAGCAGCACAAUGAUCCUUCCGGAGCAAGUGCAGUACCCAGUGUGCAGAAUGGACCACAUAUUCAGCAGCAGAACAAAGCACCUGUAGCCAGUUCAACCCCUCCUUCGCAACCACUGCACCAGCAGCAGCAGCCACCGAUACAAAAUCCACCAGAUAGCUUUGCACCUCCCAAUCAACCUGCCAGCACUGCAGAACCUAAGCAGAAGAAACAACAGGGUCAACAGCAGGUUAGACAAAAUCAACAGCAAAGGAAUCAAGCUAGUCAACAAGCUAAGCUUAUGAAGAGCUUAGGACGAGGAAACAUGCUGAUACCUCAGACUCCUGCAGUUGAUGCUGCUCCAGCUAGUGCUGUUUCUACCUGUUCCAAGAAACAAGCUUCUGACAAGAAUCUGAUGCAACAUGGCCAAGGAUCUUCCCCUGGUAAUAAAGCAUCAACUUCAGCAAUACCUCAGCCUGGGAAUCAACAUAUGCUAUACGCUUCAUUGCCGCAAUCGCCAAAACAGUUGCCAGACACUAGUAGCCAAGGCUUGAUGCAGGGUUCUCCUAGUCAUACCCUGUUAGCUGCACCACAGCCUCCAGUUCAUUCCAAACCGCCGUCGACUACGCAGCAACGGCAGAUCAAUCCAUCACAGAAUAGCAUCCAAAGGAUGAUGAUGCAACAAAACCUCCAAAUGAACUCUGACUGCAGGAUGGACGCACAAAUCGACCAAAUCCAACACAAUCCGGUGAUUCCAACUACAUCUAUUUCUCAUGGUACAGAGUCCAGCAGUCCUGGCCUUCCAUGUAUGAACCAGCAGAAGCACGAGGCAUCAGCAAAUGACGUUACUUCAGUCACCUCAACAUCUAAGCUGAUUUGCUCUCCUAAGGAUAAUUUAGUCGGAAAUGGAGCAUCGUUGCCAUCAUCUAGCCAAGAAUUGUUGCAAAGGAAAAUUUCAGGUGGAUUGCCUAUGCACGGGCAAGACAUUGGUGGUCAGUGGCACCAACAACAAUCUAUGCAGCAUCUGCAGCCUCCACAUCAUCAACAGACUCAACACCAGCAGCGACCUGUUGUUCAAGGCAGUUUGUAUGCUCCUUCAAAUUCAGGGUCAGGCUGAUGAAUUUAGUAUGGGCUGGUCGUUUUUAUGGAGCAACCCUUAUUUCUCAUCUAAAGUUACUGUACAGGUGUCUGCCAUGGAAGCUGCUGCUGAUAGUGCUCCUCCUAAUUCAACUUGUUUGCUAAUUGUAGUCAUCGUAGGUAGAUAAAUUUUUCGUGUGCCAUUUGCUGGCCCACCCUUUUGGAGUCAGAAUAUGCUUCAUUGCAGUCUAGAGUAGCUGGAGAUAAUUUGCUUUGUUGCAACUUGCAAGAGCUAAUGUCUUUGUCUUGUUGGAUAGUAGAUCAUAACCCAGAACCUGGGCCCAGCUGUAUAUUUUUUGCGUACAAGGUCCAUGCUUCUAGAGUCAGAGUCAGAUGCUCACAAAAGCCUAUGAAUGCAAAAGUGGUUCUUUGCAUUUA